AUGACCUUCUACGACGAGGACCUUCCGCUGUACUACAUCCAGCUGGAUCGGCAGCGUCUCAAGGUUGAUUACUCCUCCUCCGAUGGUUUAGGCUUGGGUUACCUGGUUCACAAAAACGUCUUGGCCGAGCUGCUCGAGGACGCCAGCAGGUGCAAUGGCGGCGCAGAUGGAGGCCUUCAGCUCGUGCGCAGCCUCCGGAUGAAGUUCCUGCCCUGGAUCGCUGAUGUUCUUCGGUCACCGUUGCCGAGCGACACCAAGACAUGGAUCCUCCGGUGCUGUGAACGCAUGGGCCUCGUAGCGGUUGCUCCGUACCAGGAGCGCAGUCAGGUGAACCUGGCCAUCAUGGCCUUUAGCCUUUGCAGAUGCUGCCCGGCUGGUUCGGAUGCUGCCCUGUUCCUGCGGAGCGUGUUGAUGAACGCCUGGCAUGUGCCGGAGGAGGUGAAGCGCUUUGCGGAGCGGAAGAGUGAUGUCUAUGGGAUCUACAUUGUCAAGCCUGGCACCUUGCAGAGGAUGCAAGAGCUGGGCCUGCGUGUGGUGGUCCGGGACUUCGAGCGGGAGGUCUGGCAGCGGAGCAUGGACAACAGUUCCAUGUACUUGGACAUCAUCUCGCAGUUUUCCAGCUACUGCUGCUUCACGUACGUCAAAGGCCUCUCCAAGCUUGAUGACAUCCUUCUGAAGUGGUUGGCGGAGUAUACCCGCUUGCAUCCCUGGCGCUUCGUCUAUAUCGAAGGAGUGGACACCACCUUUAACUUUCCAGAGAACCGCGAUCGUUGCAACUUCCGCUUUGCUCCGGCGAAUCCUUUGCACAGUGUGAAGGCCACGGAAGAUCUGCAGAAGUCCAACGUCACUUUGGCGCGCCCGAGUCACACGGUGUCCUAUGACCCGGCGAUGCAACCCUCGCCAGAGGACUUGCAGGACGGACGCCGCUUGCUGUCCUGUUUUGCGAAGAACCUCGCACCGGACAGCAGCACUGGCAGCCACGCUGAUGAUGCCAUGCACCAGGAGACGAUGUUUUCUCAGCCGCCGCGGGCCUCCUGCUACUCCGCCGACUUCCGGGGCGAGCUGGAGGAGCUGCUCUUUGGCGCUGCCUCCUGCCUCGUGCUGCUGGUGUCUGCGCCUGGGGCGGGCAAGAGCCACCACAUGUCGGCGCUGCGGGGGCGCCUUCAGGAAGAGAUGCAGUUCGACAUUCACGAGUUCGAUGGCUCCUCUGACAUCUUGGUGACCACCGCCUUGGCAGAGGUCUUGCAGCGAACGAUGAUCUCCCAGAGCACCAUGCACUCACAGAAGCUGUUGAUCUUGGACGAAUACCACAUGCUCAGCGACGAGCACAAGGACGAGCUCUUUGAGUGGGUGAGAGCCAAACUUGGGCCAGAACUCCGGGUGGUGCUCAUCGCCAACCGCAGCGACUCCAAGGAUAGAGAGCGGCUCGAGCAACUGCGGCCGGCGGCCUCGCAGGUGAGAGUGGCCCACCUUCAGACACGGCUCUCGCGGAAGCGGAUUGAGCAGGUGAUGGACGCGCGGGGCAACUCGGAGAAGUGGAGACCUGCGGUGUGCGACUGGCUGGUGGCCUCUCGUCUGCUCUUCGGCGAGGAGGCAGUGAGUUUGCGGCUCUGCGACACACUGGAGGCCAUCCUGCAGAAGCUGGAGCCGCGGGCCAGUCUCAUCGAGCUCUUGCUGCACCGAGUGCCUACCGUGAGCCGUACCAGCGCCAGCGACUUCGUGGACGCCUACCUGCAACAUCAAGGGCUGCGGCGCAAGGCAGCGACCCAGAGCCUGGUGAGCUUUUGCUUCCGCGUCGCGUUGCAGGACCUCAGCGACGAGCUCUGCAGCUUUGUGGAGUUCCUCUCGCUGACGCCCAGGGCCCAUGAGGCUCCGCCUGCGGUCCGGCUUUUGGCGUGGGCCUGCUACGUGAUGAACGCCAAGAAGUGGGACCUCUCAGGUCUGAGCAGCGUUUGGUCGAAGCGGCAUCUCUUUGUGGACCAGGUGAACUUCCCCUUCGAGCUGUCCGAGGAGGCAUUGGGGUCUCCGAGCAACAGUGGCCCGACCUUCUCCUGGGCCGGCGAUCCCACCUCCCUCCGGGACUUGGUGGAUGCGGUCAGACGUGGACAUUCUGUGGAUUGGGCAGAUGUCCACCGCAAAGUUUGGUCGGUGGAGCACAUCAAGGACUCGGAGCUCUUUGCGCAGCUGCUGUCGCUCAGUCGCACGCCCUCCGUCAUCCUUCAGCAGGUCCUGGCCUCCAACUUGUGCAGUCUGCUGCGCCUUUCCAACACGGCGGCUCCCACGGCAGUGCAACUCGCACGGAUCAUCCUGCAGCACGCGCCUGUAGACAGCACCUCCAGCAGUCAGGUCGAUCGCCCACGAUGCCUGUCUUUGUGGACUGUGAUCUUGCACGACCAGCAGGAGUUGGGAUGUGUGGAGCUGCUGAGAUUGGCGGGGGGCCCUUCAGCCUUGCUGGAGGCAGUGCUCUGGGCACGGAACUGGGCCACCGAGCGGCGCAGCACUGCUCCUGCACGCACUCGGGAGCGCCUGCUGCAACAGACCUUGGCCCUGCUGUCUUGCUGCAGCUGGAAGCCGCUGGAUACUGGUGAGCAGCUCUCGGUCCAGGAGUUGGUGAUGCUUUGGACAGGCGGCUUCGCUUGCCUGCUAAGAGCUGCCCGCCCCGCGCAAGAACGGGUCUGGAGGACAAGGCAAGAGUCCGGAGUGAUGUCCGCGGAGUUUCUGGCGCGUGGGGAACUGCCGCCAGCACUGCCGCAGCAGCGGCUCCAACAGGUGCUCCGGAGCGUGGCGGACCUGCAGGGAGAUUGGCCCCUGGAGGUGCGGCUCCUGUGGCGAGUGCUGCACUCCAGAAGCAGUGCUCAGGAGGUGAGCAAGCUGUGGGUGGCGGCACCCUACAUGCUACAGGACAUGUCCUCCGAGGCUGGCUCGUGUGCACGAGCUCUUCAUUCCAGGAAUCGUGGCUUCGCCUGGCACCCUCUGCCGAAGCUUGCAGCGGGCUUUGCUGUGCAGCACCUGUCAGGUGCCGGAGAGCGUGCCUGCCGCCAUGUUCCUGGCAGUGUGUGCUGA